AUGGCUGAAGUCCCCAUUGUCCUUGACGGCGGAACCGGCUUCCUCAAGGCGGGCUACGCGGGACAGAACUUCCCAGAUCAGCAGUAUCCGUCGAUAGUCGGCCGACCCAUCCUACGUACCGAAGAGCGAGAUGGCGGAGAUAUCCAGCUCAAGGACAUAAUGUGCGGAGACGAGGCAGCGGCGGCGCGCUCCAUGCUCCAAAUCACCUACCCUAUGGAGAAUGGUAUUGUCAAGCGCUGGGACGAUAUGCAACAUCUCUGGGACUACACCUUUUACGAGAAGAUGAAGGUGGAUCCAACAGGCCGCAAGAUUCUCCUCACUGAGCCGCCGAUGAAUCCACUCAAGAACCGCGAAACCAUGUGCGAGGUCAUGUUCGAGCGCUAUGGCUUUGGAGGCGUGUACGUUGCUAUUCAGGCUGUGCUAGCCUUGUACGCACAGGGCUUGUCAUCAGGAGUGGUGGUCGACUCGGGAGAUGGUGUCACGCACAUUGUUCCCGUCUAUGAAAGCACUGUCCUCAACCAUCUUACUCGCCGUCUGGACGUGGCAGGAAGAGACGUCACCCGAAACCUGAUCGCACUCCUGCUACGGAGAGGCUACGCACUCAACCGAACCGCCGACUUCGAAACUGUGCGUCAGAUCAAGGAAAAGCUCUGCUACGUGUCGUACGACCUCGAGCUGGAUCAGCGUCUGAGCGAAGACACAACAGUACUGGUAGAAUCAUACACUCUACCAGAUGGUCGGGUUAUUCGAGUGGGCAGCGAGCGUUUCGAGGCUCCCGAGUGUCUGUUCCAGCCGCAUCUUGUGGACGUUGAGCAGCCUGGUAUCGCCGAGUUCUUGUUCAACACCAUCCAAGCUGCGGACGUCGAUGUCAGGAGUAGUCUAUACAAGGCAAUUGUCUUGAGCGGUGGCAGCAGCAUGUAUCCGGGUCUGCCAAGCCGGCUGGAGAAGGAGUUGAAGCAGCUCUGGCUUACCAAGGUUUUGGGUGGAAACCCAGAGCGACUGAACAAAUUCAAAGUACGCAUCGAGGACCCGCCACGGCGACGACACAUGGUCUUCCUUGGUGGCGCAGUGCUUGCAAACAUCAUGGCCGACAAGGAGAACAUGUGGAUAUCAAAAGCAGAGUGGGAGGAGCAGGGAGCACGUGCGUUGGAAAAGCUAGGCGCGAGAUAA